ACAUGGUGAUGAGCUUCCGCGUGUCUGAGCUCCAGGUUCUCCUUGGCUUUGCUGGCCGGAACAAGAGUGGACGCAAGCACGAGCUCCUGGCCAAGGCCUUGCACCUCCUCAAGUCCAGCUGCGCCCCCAGCGUCCAGAUGAAAAUCAAGGAGCUGUACCGCCGGCGCUUCCCCCGGAAGCCGCUGGGGCCCUCCGACCUCUCCCUGCUCUCCCUGCCCCCUGGCUCCUCUCCUGUCGGCUCUCCCGGCCCUCUGGCACCCAUCCCCCCUGCUCUCCUGACCCCUGGCACCUUACUGGGCCCCAAGCGGGAGGUGGAUCUCCACCCCCCUUUGCCCCAGCCUGUACACCCUGAUGUCACCAUGAAACCGUUGCCCUUCUAUGAAGUCUACGGGGAGCUCAUCCGGCCGACCACCCUCGCCUCUACUUCUAGCCAGCGGUUUGAGGAAGCACACUUCACCUUUGCGCUCACACCCCAACAAGUGCAGCAGAUUCUCACAUCCAGAGAGGUUCUGCCAGGAGCCAAAUGCGAUUACACCAUCCAGGUGCAGCUAAGGUUCUGCCUCUGUGAGACCAGCUGCCCCCAGGAGGAUUAUUUCCCCCCCAACCUCUUUGUCAAGGUCAAUGGGAAGCUGUGCCCCCUGCCGGGCUAUCUUCCCCCCACCAAGAACGGGGCUGAGCCCAAGAGGCCCAGUCGCCCCAUCAACAUCACAGCCCUGGCUCGACUCUCAGCCACCGUGCCCAACACCAUCGUGGUCAACUGGUCCUCCGAGUUUGGAAGGAAUUACUCCUUGUCUGUGUACCUGGUGAGGCAGUUGACCGCAGGGACCCUUCUACAAAAACUCAGAGCAAAGGGUAUCCGGAACCCAGACCACUCCCGGGCGCUGAUCAAGGAGAAGUUGACUGCUGACCCUGACAGUGAAGUGGCCACGACAAGUCUCCGGGUGUCCCUCAUGUGCCCGCUUGGGAAGAUGCGGCUGACCGUCCCGUGCCGGGCCCUCACCUGUGCCCACUUGCAGAGCUUCGAUGCCGCCCUCUAUCUACAGAUGAAUGAGAAGAAGCCAACCUGGACCUGCCCUGUGUGUGACAAGAAGGCUCCCUACGAGUCUCUUAUUAUUGAUGGUUUAUUCAUGGAGAUUCUUAAUUCCUGUUCGGAUUGUGAGGAGAUCCAGUUCAUGGAAGAUGGAUCCUGGUGUCCAAUGAAACCCAAAAAGGAGGCGUCUGAGGUUUGCCCCCCGCCAGGGUAUGGGCUGGAUGGCCUCCAGUAUAGCGCAGUCCAAGAAGGAAAUGCACCAGAGAGCAAGAAGAAGGUUGAAGUGAUUGACCUGACCAUAGAAAGCUCAUCUGACGAGGAGGAUCUGCCCCCUGCCAAAAAGCACUGCCCUAUCCCCUCGACCGCCAUCCCAGCCCUACCUGGAAGCAAAGGAUCUUCUGUCCACAGAGUCCUGACACCUGGUCACCAGCCAUCCGUGCUGCGGAGCCCAGCAGGCACCCUGGGCAGCGACUUCUUGUCCAGUCUCCCGAUACAUGACUAUCCACCAGCCUUCCCCCUGGGGGCCGAUAUCCAAGGUUUAGAUUUAUUUUCUUUCCUUCAGACAGAAAGUCAGCACUAUGGGCCUUCCGUCAUCACCUCCACAGAUGAACAGGACACCCUCGGCCACUUCUUCCAGUACCGGGGGACCCCUUCCCACUUUCUGGGCCCACUGGCCCCCACGUUGGGGAGCUCGCACCGCAGCUCCACUCCAGCACCCCCUCCUGGCCGAGUCAGCAGCAUUGUGGCUCCUGGGGGGGCCUUGAGGGAGGGACAUGGAGCCGCCCUGCCCUCAGCCCCCUCUCUGGCUGGCUGCCGCUCAGACGUCAUCUCCCUGGACUAAGUUCUUAGGAUUGUGGAACUUUCGUUGCCCCGAACAUUGAGAGAACAUACUGUGGAGGCCCAGCCCUGGUGUCCUGGCCACCCUAACUGCUCGGGGGGGCUGGGCAAAAAGCCAGACAGAUCGACAUGGACCCCUGGUUUGGGGCUCAUGUCUGCCUAACAUGGCCCACCAUACCCAAAGGGUUAAUACUGACCCCCUUUUUAAGGAUAUUGGGGUCUAUUUUUGGAAAUGCCCUUUAGGUAGGGGGUAUGUUCACUAGGCAAAGGAGGCAAGUAGAGGGCCCAUGAGUUGGGGGGAAGAGCCAUCCCCCUGUCUAUGGCCUGUUGGGGGAGGGGUCUUUCUCUUCUUCCCAAGGUGCCCUCUACCAAACCGACCAGCCAUGCUUCUCAUGUUCAUUCCGUUCCAUUUGGCCACGCAGUUGGCAACAUCGAGUCAGGCAAUUUCACAGAUAACAGAGAACUCUAUUUUGGGCUGCAGAAAUUUUCUUUUUCUUUUGUACAUAAACUAAAUAAGAAAAACCAAAACACUCCAAAGAUGACUUCCCCUGUCUCUGUCCGGUCUGACUGAGGAGGAGACAAGACCUUAGUUGAUCCGGGGGUUAGGGAACAGAGAGCACCUGGCCUAUUUACUUAGGUCUGUUUUUAUUGAUAUAUUUAAGUUCACUUUUUUUUUUCUUGUGGUACUGGGGGAUUGAACCCAGGGCCUCUCUUAUGUUCUAGACAAAUGCUGUGUCUUAGUUGAAGUAGAGCCCUUGUGUAUGUAUUUGUUUUUGAAAAAGGGUAUUACUGAUUUGCCUGGGGUGGUCCUGAACUCAUGAUCCUCCUGCUUCUGCCUCCUAAAGUAGCUGGGAUUCAGGAGUGUGCCACCAUGCCUGGCUCAAUUCACAGUAUUUCUUAUGCCAAACAUCCCAAGGCCUAAGCCACGAGAGACCUGCGUCCCUUUGGUAGGCCUGGUUCUUUCUGCACCUUUUCUGGGAGGACCCUCGUCUCUUCCUUCCCAGUUUUUCAGGCCCCCUUUGGGGCCUCGGACCUAUGUUGUAAUUUUACUUUUUAUUCCCAAAGUUGUAGCGAAGUUCUCACCCGUAAUAAAGGUUGUGACU